AUGGAGGUGAGCACGCACACGAGGUCUACCCCGAGUCUCCGUCACAUUCACGGCCUCGACUAUGUGCACUGCGCCUUGAAGCCCGACAACGUGCUGCUCGUGGCCGACGACGUUGACGAAGACUUAUUCACGGCCAAAGUAAGUGAUUUUGGCCUUUCAGAAGAGAGGGGGACGGUACCGCAUCCGAGUAGUACGGCUGCGUAUUUGUCGCCUGAGGCCACGUUGUUCGGGAGGCGGGAGGAGCCUUCUGAUCAUGUGGUUGAUUGGAUUAGGGGCCUUCUGUUAGGAGAAGAGAGCUACGAACGUGUUUACAAGGCCACUCUCAUUAAUUCAACAUCUCUCAUAGCCAUAGCCGUCAAAACAUCUCUUUCAGAAACACUCGGCAAAGAGUUUGAGAUUUUGGUGCGCCUCUACGAGUGCCUCCACGUGAUCCGGUGCCUUGGCUACCACACCACACAAGUUAUGAGGUCCGGUUGGCUUCUAACCAUGCUAAAUGUGAAGAGAGGCGACUUAAGAUGUGUAAGAUAG